AUGCUCUUCUCAAACACCCUCCUCGCCUUCACCGCCAUCCUCGGCGCCGCCCUCCAGGCCCACGCCCACGCCGCGGUCUCGCCCGUGCUCGGCGUCAGCGGCACGGCGGCGCGCUCGGACGUGCAGCGGCCCUCGAACCAGAAGCCGUGCGGAAAGAUGGACGUCGCGUCCGCGUUCGACUCCUCGGACGCCAUCCCGGUCGCCUCCGACGGCACCUUCACGACCAUGAUCACCAACUUCAACAAGGGCGUCGACGGCUCGCGCCAGGUCGCGCAGGUGAUGGUGGACCCGACGGGCACGGGCGACAAGAGCAGCUUCGUCGCGGCGACGAUGGUCGCGAACGGCACCAAGUCCCCGAAGAGCGUGGACUCGGAGCAGCUCACCGUGCAGCUCCCCGCGGGGAUGUCGUGCUCGGGCACGGGAGGCAAGUGCCUGGUCUCGUUCAAGACGGCGGGCGGGUUCGGGAACUGCGUCGUCGUCCAGCAGUCCGCGGACGGUGCGGCCGGCGCGUCUGGCACGGCCGCGGCCGGGUCCGCUUCUGCGUCCGACGCUGCGACGAGCCCGAGCGCCGCGGCGAAGAAGGUCAAGGCGAGGAUGGUCAAGGUCAGGACCGGCGGCAAGCCGGCGGCGGCCAGCGCGUGA